AUGUACGCACUGGCUGAUAAAUAUGAGAUAGACGACUUGAAAGCUCAGGCGAAACAGAAGUUCGAGGAAGCGGUGGUCCAGGACUGGGACAGUCAAGCAUUCGCGUACGCAGCUGAGCUGGUCUUCAGUACCACCCCGAACUCUGAUCGAGGUCUGCGCACGGUUGUGACCAAGACAAUCAACAUACAUCGUGAAUUAGUCAACUACGAAGAGGUGCAACGACUUCUUGAUUCUGGAAACGGGAUGGCUUGGGCACUCAUACAGGUUCUUCUAGGUGAUCAUAUCGAUGACUGA